AAACUUUGGAGGCAGCUGCCAGGCCGGGAUCUACAGCACAGCUGUGCUGGCCAGCAGCAACGCCAUGGCCCCACCUACCAAAAAGAACCCGAAGCCACUCUUCAAGACCGGAGUGCCCUUUACAGAGACGACCUGGCCGAGACUCUCAUCAGUCGACCAAGACAACAUUCUUGAUCUCCUGUGCAGCCUCUUAGAGCCCCUUGGAGACCAUAGGAGAACUCAUAUCUACCCCUCUAAAGGCCGAAAGCGAAAGCGAAAGACAAAACCCAAAUCCGAACCAGCUCCAAAUAAUGGCUCAACUGAGGAAGAUGCUCCAAUGCAAGAAGCCCCACCGCCGCCUCCAGCAAUCGGCACCCACAUUCUCAUCGGGCUCAACAGCGUAACCCGACAUCUCGAAGCCCUAGCUGCACAGUCCGCACCAGCAACUAUGCCAGCGUCAGAGAAAGAGAACCGAGCUUCCGGCCCAGACACCAGGCCUUCUUCCACUGAGCCCACCCAGGAAAUUACAUUGAAGCCGUUAAGCAUCGUCGUAAUCACACACAACCACCCCCCAGCCUCCCUCCCCCACGCACACAUCCCGGCCCUUCUACAUCUAUCCACCCUCUCAUCGCCCUCUAGCACACCAACGCGCCCGAUUGCUGUACCUCUAGGCUAUGAACCGCGUCUCGCCUCCGUACUCCACAUCCCACACGUCGGCGCGAUCGGGAUCAUGGCAGGCGCGCCAGGAGCGAGAGCACUGGAGGACUAUGUCCGAGAGCAUGUGGGCGUUACGGAGUGCAGGUGGAUCGAAGAGGCUAUGGAUGCUGAGUGGAAAGGUGUGAACAUAGAGACGCAAAAGGGAUGAAACUGCUCCGAGAAGAGGAAAGCACCGACCUUGGAACAUCGCGCUUAUCGAGGGGCGAAGAAGGGAACUUGGGCUGGUAAAACGGCCCUGCACAGCAUCUCAAGUAGUCCUUAGCGAUACUCUCAUGAACAGAAGGGCGAAUUAGGAUCCAGUCCUGAAGAGAUUCAAAGCCAUCUCGGUCGUCGCGUCUGACAAAGAUGACCUCGAAUUCUUC